AUGUCUCUUACCUAUGAUUGGAAGACCAAGGUCCGCCAGCAUAUCUACCUUGCACAAGAGGCCGUGAGCACGGGAGAUUAUGCAGUCCUUGAUAUUAUCAACGCACAGGAAUAUAUCAAUAAUGUUAAUCCGAUCGCGGCCUGGCACAGCUCUAUACUCCCCAGAUAUCGGAGUGUUGAUGUUGAACAUAAACUGAGGGAUAUUAACCUUGACGGGGUGGAGCAAUCUGAGAGUAACUUUAGUGAGUUCACUAAGACUGUCUGGAAGCUCCGGGAGGACCCAAACCCUGAUCGGGAUGGAUGGGAGAAUAUCAUUCUUCAAGAGAUUGAUAAACAAAAGAAGAAAAGUAAUGAUCUGCUUGACUGGAUGGGCCAGCAGGCAAUUGCUAUCAUCCAAACAUUACCUGGAUCAGCUCGCGAGACAGCUGCCCAGAUAUUCAGGGCCGGCCUGAAUUUCGUUAUUGACUUUUUUAAAAAGGUUGGGGAGACAUUUAAGGGUAUUGUCCAAUCGGUUGUGGACUUUAUCAGUGGGAUAUGGACUAGCGUUGUCCAGGCCACAGAUUCAGUGAAGCAGUGGGCACAUACUGCUGUAAAUGCCAUUAAAGGGAUCUUCUCGCAGACAAGGAUGGAAACUGCAACCAUUAUUGGAAUCACACAGAUUUUGUUCGCUGCCGCUGGUUUAGCCCUGGCGGUCCGACCGGUAAGCGAUGCUCCUAUAUGCUUCUUGGUUGCAAUCUGA